AUGGGUAAAGAACAGUUUCGAGAGGCCGAUAUGGCCUUAAGAGUGUAAGUUUUCACAUUUUGAUAGUGGAAAUUAUAAAAUUUUUGAUUUUUGCAGAGUGGGCGUCAAAUUCGCGCCGGGAGAUUGCGAAUUUAUGCGCCAAACGGCUCACGUGCCAGUUUUCAACAAUAAGUUGUACGAGGAUGUGAACGGACGUCUGCAGCCGGCCAGAUACGGUCCACUGGACCCGAGAAUGGUUAGAACAUUCGGAUUUAUCGAAAAAAAAAGUCGACAAAUUGCAGGGAGUUUCCACAAAAACCGGAAUCUGUGCCACGUGCGGUCUCGGACUGACCGACUGUGUCGGGCAUUUCGGCUAUUUCGAUCUGGAUGUCCCGGUUUUCCACGUCGGAUUCUUCAAACUCACCAUCCAGCUGCUUCAGUGCAUUUGCAAGGUCGGUAUUGGCCCACAAAAUUUCUAAAAAAGAAUUUCAGAACUGUUCGUCGAUCCUUCUGAGUCCGGAGCAACAUCGCGUCUUUUCUCGUCAAGUAAUGAACCCGAACAUUGAUUAUUUGCACCGAAAAGCUCUUCACAAACGGAUUGUGGCCACUUGCAAAAAGAACUCGACGUGCACGCAGUGCGGACUCAAAAACGGUACGUUUGGCGAUUUUUUAUGGAAAACCCUUUGAAAAGCAACGUUUUUGCAUCAAAUCAGUGUUUUCAAACGAAAUUUUGCAGGAACAGUAAAGAAAGCAGUGGGCGCCGUGCUGAAAAUCGCGUUCGCGAGCCCGGUGCCGGCCGACGAGCUCGGAAAGUUCCAGACGAUGUUCAACGCGAAUCAGGAGGUCGCGGAGCACGUCAAAAAGAUGAAAUUCACCCUGUUGAACCCGCUUUUCGUACAGAAAAUAUUCGCCAACAUCCGGGAAGCGGUACGUGAUCGGAAAUUGGGUUUCUGAGAAUUUAGUAAACUUCAAUAUAUUUUCAAUUUUCAGGACAUUCCAGUGCUGAUGGUGCGUUCGGGCGAGGACGAGAAGCACCCGAACGACCUGCUGCUGACGAGAAUGCCGGUGCCGCCCGUGUGCAUCCGUCCGUCCGUCGUUUCGGAAGUGAAAUCGGGCACGACGGAGGACGACGUCACGAUGAAACUCAUGGAGAUCAUGAUGACGAACGACGUGCUCAAGAAGCACAAAAGGGACGGCGCGCCCGCGAAAGUGCUCUUCGAGACAUGGGAACAUCUUCAGGUGAGCCGAAAAUAAUGAAAAACUCAACGGCAUUCGUAAUUAGAACAGCAUAACAACCUGUUACAGUCCGGGUAAAUUGGGCAACCUAUUCAAUCUCAAAAUGCUUCUUGGAGCAUUCUGUAAAAAAUUGGCUUCUGUAGUAUUCGCUUUUCAUAAAAACAAGCAUAAUAUUCAGAUACAAUGCGCGCUGUACAUCAACUCGGAAAUGUCGGGUCUUCCGCCGGACCUGCAGCCGAAAAGGGCGAUGCGGGCAUUCACGCAGCGGCUGAAGGGAAAACAGGGCCGCUUCCGCGGAAAUCUGUGCGGAAAACGCGUCGAUUUCUCGGGCCGAACGGUCAUUUCGCCGGACCCGAACCUGCGGAUCGAUCAGGUCGGAGUGCCGAUCCACGUGGCGAUGACGUUGACGUACCCGGAAAUUGUGAAUGCGUGCAACAUGGAGAAGAUGCGGAAACUGGUAAUCAACGGAAGUGACGUCCAUCCGGGCGCCAACUAUUUGGUCGAUAAAAAGACGGGAAACAAGAAGUUGCUCAAGUGAGUAUUUCUGUUUGUUUCUUGAAAAAUUAGGGAGUUUCACUGUUUUCGAUUGAAAAACUAAAGAUAAAUUGAAAGGUACGGAAAACGGGACGAACUGGCGCAAAACCUUCGGCUGGGCGACAUUGUCGAGCGACAUUUGGACGACGACGACGUGGUGCUGUUCAACCGGCAGCCCUCGCUGCACAAAAUCUCGAUCAUGAGCCACCGCGCGAAAGUGAUGCCCGGGCGGACUUUUCGGUUCAACGAGUGCGCCUGCACGCCCUACAACGCCGACUUUGACGGCGACGAAAUGAAUCUGCAUCUGCCGCAGACCUACGAGGCAAAAGGUACCCGAUUUCAGGGGGCAAAUGGGCUGAAUAUCAUGCGUUUGUAACAAAAAAUUGCAGCGGAAGCGUCGGAGUUGAUGAACGUGAAGAACAAUCUGAUAACGCCUCGUUCGGGCGAGCCGCUGAUCGCCGCCAUCCAGGACUUCAUCACGGGCGGCUACCUGCUCACCCACAAGGACACUUUCCUGCCGCGCGCAGAGGUCUACCGUUUCGCAGCCGCUCUCAUCGACGCGUCGGCGAAAAAACAGACGAGAAUCCGGAUUCCGCCCCCGGCGAUCCGUCGGCCCGUCGAGUUGUGGACGGGCAAGCAGCUGAUCGAACUGAUUAUCCGCCCCGACAAAGGAUCCCAGGUCUCGCUGAACUUGACCGCCAAGAAUAAGAGUUAUUCGGGAAAUCUGGAACUGUGCGCCAAGGACUCGUACGUCAUCAUCCGAAAUUCGGUCCUUUUGGCCGGAGUCCUCGAUAAAUCCCUUCUGGGAUCCUCCUCGAAAGUCAACAUCUUCUACAUGCUCAUGAGGGACUACGGAGAGGACGCCGCCGUCGACGCCAUGUGGAGAUUGGCCCGGAUGGCGCCCGUUUUCCUGUCCAACCGCGGAUUUUCGAUCGGAAUCGGCGACGUGCGGCCCAGUGAGAAGUUGUUGCAGGAGAAGGGGCAACUCGUCGAUAAUGGUACGCAUUUUAGGCCGGGUUUCUUUAAGAAACAAAAUAUUUACUUAAGAGAAAGUAUUCCGAAGUCAUCUCUUUAAAGUAGCCUCAAAAAACAUGUUUCAAAUAUUAUAGGCUACGAAAAGUGUGCACAAUUCAUUCGAGAACUGGAGGAGGGAAAGCUGAAAGCACAGCCGGGAUGCACGGAAUCGGAGACGCUCGAAGCGAUCAUCCUCAGGGAACUGUCGACGAUCAGGGACCACGCGGGACAGGUCUGCCUCAGGAAUCUGAGCAAGUACAAUGCUCCGCUGACGAUGGCGGUCUGCGGCUCCAAAGGAUCCUUUAUCAACAUCUCGCAGAUGAUCGCCUGCGUCGGACAACAGGCCAUUUCGGGACACAGACCGCCCGACGGAUUCGAGGUGAGCCUUUCUUCUUAUUUUAGGAGAACACACAUACGAAGGAAUUGAAAGGUUUUCAAAUUACAAUCAACACUGACAAACUGAACUCCAUCCCUGAAACUGUAAAAAAAAAAGUGAAGAAGUUUUCCGAAAAUGCAGAGACAAACGAGUUUCGGACCCAAACAUUGUAGGCCUGGACUUGGAUUGAAAUAAUUUGGGUCCGAGUCUCAGACGGAUCCGAUUAUCUGGUCCCAAGAUAUAAUGGUUUGAGUCUUUUCCGGCUUCUGAUCCUCAUAUCUCGGGACCAGAUGAUCCGCUUUAAACCCGAAAUACUUUAAUCCAAGUCAAAAAACUCUGGACCCGAUUCGAUUAUUGCAAGUUGUCCAAAAGUCCAUGUCUUUGGCCAAACUUUCUUACAGUUUCGAGGAUAUCAUUUUUCAAACGCUACAAAUUUUUCAAACGAUGAUGGUUCGAUUUGGCUAUGAAUCAUAGCCAAAUCGAACCAUAGCCUAUGAUUCAUUCUUCGCGCAUUUUUUGCGGUUUCAAAACAAAAAAAAUUAGAAUUUUGAACCAAAAUUCUAAUUUUUCAAGUUAAAUUUCACCAUUUUCUACGGAAGAAGUUGAUUUAUUUUCAAAAUAAAUGAUUGUGCAGGAACGGUCUCUGCCGCACUUUGAACGCAAAAAGAAGACGCCGGAAGCGAAGGGAUUCGUGGCGAACAGCUUCUAUUCGGGACUCACGCCCACCGAAUUCUUCUUCCACACGAUGGGCGGCCGAGAGGGACUUGUGGACACGGCCGUCAAAACAGCCGAAACGGGAUACAUGCAGAGGAGACUCGUCAAGUGUUUAGAGGUAUUUCAACAAAACAUUUGACGUUUUUAACCGGGCCUGGGCGAGCGAUUCACUUCCCGCUGUCUGAGAAAAUGCUUAAUGUGGGGGCGAGAGAGCGAACCCGGAGGCGCGAAAUCUCUCGCUUCUGCGUCUCUGCCUUCUCACACGCUAACCGCCUUUCUCUCGCUCCCACAUCUUUCUUCCGGUUGAAUUUUCAACUAUUAUCCGUCUGAUUUCCAGGAUCUGUGUGCCUCGUACGACGGAACGGUUCGCUCCUCGACAGGCGACGUCAUCGAAUUCAUAUUCGGCGAGGACGGACUGGAUCCGGCGAUGAUGGAGGCGAAGGACGGAAGCGUCGUCGACUUUGAACACGUUCUCGAGCACGCGCGCAACACGAACAGAAAGAAAGAGGAGAAGCCGAUCGGGGCGGACCAAUUCCAGGUCAGUGACCAGUUUCCGAUUUUUCAACCCCCAUUCAGUUACGCGUAGUUUCCCCUAAAAAUAGCAUUAUUUCAGGAAAUUCUCCAAAAAGAGAUUGCAAAGACGUUCAAAGGACAAUACGUGCAUUUCGCGAAACAAAUGGUCGAAUUUCUGGAAAAGGAGAUGAAAAAGAUUGGAAAAUGGCAGAACGGCGCAGUCGUUUGUGCGGAGCACGAGGGAAAGGCCGACGAAUCGGUGACGUGCAAGAAAUGCCAGAAUUUGAGCGCUUAUAAGUGAGUUUUCUGGGUUUUUUUUGUUUAAAAAUUCUGAAGCUAAUUUUGUUCCAGAACAUCCCUGCUCUCGAAUUUGGGCCUAACGCGAUCGCAAUUGAGGUCCUUCCUCCAAUUGUGUCAUUAUAAAGUGGCGAGAGCCAUCACGGAGCCAGGAACAGCCGUCGGAGCCAUUGCGGCCACCAGUAUCGGAGAGCCGUCGACGCAAAUGACGCUGAAAACGUUCCAUUUCGCGGGAGUCGCCUCAAUGAACAUCACGCAAGGAGUGCCGCGAAUCAAAGAGAUCAUCAACGCGGUCAAGACGAUUUCGACGCCGAUCAUCACGGCCGCACUCAUGGAUCCGUACGACGAGUCGCUCGCGAGACGCGUUAAGGCACGCAUCGAGAAGACCACUCUAGGCGAAAUCUGUGAUUACAUCGAAGAAGUGUACCUGCCGAAUGACUUCUUCCUGCUCGUCAAACUCAAUUCGAAGCGGAUCCGCCUGCUGCAGCUGGAAGUCUCCAUCGAAUCCAUCUCCUACGCCAUCUCCACGUCCAAAGUAUGCCCGUUGAUGCGCGGAUGUCGAAUUGUUGCGCACGGAAAGACAAUGCUGGCGAUUCGGCCGUCGUCGAACAGCAAAUUGAGCAAAACGAUGACAAUGCAAAUGCUCAAGUACUCGCUCGCGAACGUCGUCGUCAAAGGAGUGUCGUCGGUGAACCGGUGCGUGAUCCACGCGGACGAGAAGAAGGGCGACUGCUACUCGCUGCUGGUCGAGGGGACCGACUUCCGGUCCGUCCUCUCGUCGGUGGGCGUCAAUCCGCGCAAGACGAACUUUAACAACGCGCUCGUGGUGGCCGACGUGCUCGGAAUCGAGGCGGCGCGCACGUGCAUCAUCAACGAGAUCAUCGCGACGAUGGACGCGCACGGAAUCGGAUUGGACAGACGACACGUCAUGCUGCUCGCCGACGUCAUGACCUAUCGGUACGGGUUUCAAAAUAAUUCGCGAUCAGCGACGCUUCGUCAGAUUGAAACUCAAAAACAUCAUUUUCUAAUUUUUGCAGAGGCGAAGUGCUCGGAAUCACGCGAAACGGACUCGUCAAAAUGAAGGACUCGGUGCUUUUGUUGGCGUCGUUCGAGAAAACGAUGGACCAUCUGUUCGAGGCCGCCUUUUUCUCGCAGAGGGAUGUGGUCAGUACGCGGUUUUUUUUUUGAAAAGAACCCCGAAAAUUGCAUUAGAAUCAGCUGUCAUUGAUUAUUGAUCUCAUUGAAACGGUAAAACAUUUAUCUUGCAGAUCCACGGCGUUUCGGAGUGCAUCAUCUUGGGAACGCCGAUGACGGUCGGCACGGGAACGUUCAAAUUGAUGCAAAAAUGCGAGAGAAAGGCGAUGCUCCGCAAGAAUUUGGCGAUUUUCGAACGGCCCGAACUCAAUCUCACUCUUUAA